CAGCCCUGGUAAACAUCUGCACUGCGCAUCUCAAUUUCUGCUUUUUGCACGUUGGCCCUUUUUUGCGGAAAACAAUAAAAUAAAUAACAAUUUAAUCAAUUGAUAUGUGUGACGUUGCAACUGUACAGAAAAUCGCCAACUGUUUGGGUGUUAAGCCCGGCAAGGUGCAGCUCAAUGAAGAGCAAGUCGUCACUCGCAUUAAUGGUCAAAACAAAACAGUCGCUGGCUUUGCAACCAUUCUGGAGAGUUUGGCGCGAGAAUCAAAGUCAGAGACAGCGGAGAACAGCACAGUUUCUAGGGAAGUGCAGGCUCAGGUUUAUCAAUGGAUCGAAUUCGCUGUGCUCUACGUCAGCCCUGGUUCAAAGGACAAGCAUGUGGCCAAACAAUUACUGGGUGACUUGAACAAACUGUUCAUCAACAAAUCCUAUUUGGUGGGACAUUUUAUAACACUCGCUGAUUUGGCUGUCUACUAUGCGAUUAAUGAUCUUGUGAAAUCACUUUCCCCUCUGGAUAAGGAGAACUAUCUGAAUUUAUCCAGGUGGUUUGAUCACUUGCAACAACGUCCGGAUAUUCAUCAGGGAGAGACUCUGCUCAACUUUACAACGAUUUAUCUGCACAAUUGGGCAACGGGAACACAUGUAUAGAAUUGGAAUCAACAUUUAAAUUGCACUGAAAAACUUAAGUUAUUUAUUUCUAUUGAAUUUCACACGAUUUAUACAUACAUAUGACAUAUAUAUAUAUAUGUGUUUAUGUAAUGCCAAUCUAAAAUAUCUCGUUUUUUUGUAGCCAUUUGAGAAAUAUAAUUACAAAUAUGA